CACUAAUUAUUUUUAAUUUUAAUUAAAUUAACAAGUUUAUUAUCGUCGUUUUAUACGUUUUUUAUGCAAGAUUUUAUAAAGAUAAAAAGUUAGAAAUAGUCAAAAGCCAACAUGCAGUCCGUCUUCAGCCGCUCCCUAAACAUUGCCCGCAGAUCGGUGCCGAUGCGACAUAUCGCCUCUAUUGCCGCACUCCCCGAUACCCAUCAGAUGCUGCAGAAGACCUGUCGCGACUUUGCCAACGCCGAACUGAGUCCAAAUGCAGCGAAAUUUGAUCGAGAUCAUGUCUACCCGGCGCAGCAGAUCAAGCAGAUGGGGGAGCUCGGCGUCAUGGCGGUGGCCAUUCCGGAGGAGCUAGGUGGCACUGGAUUGGAUUAUCUGGCGUACGCGAUAGCAAUGGAGGAGAUCUCACGCGGCUGUGCCUCAGCGGGUGUCAUAAUGUCGGUCAAUAAUUCUCUGUAUCUGGGUCCACUGCUGGGCUUUGGCAAUGCCGCCCAGAAGGAUGCCUUCAUCACGCCAUACACGACGGGCGAGCGUGUGGGAUGCUUUGCUCUGUCGGAGCCGGGCAAUGGCUCGGAUGCCGGUGCUGCCUCCACCAUAGCCACGGAAAAGGGCGAUCACUAUGUCCUGAACGGCACCAAGGCGUGGAUAACCAAUGGCUUUGAGGCGGAAGCAGCAGUCGUAUUUGCCACGACAAACAAACAGCUGAAGCAUAAGGGCAUCUCCGCCUUUAUUGUACCCAAAGGACUGAAGGGCUUCUCGCUGGGCAAGAAGGAGGACAAACUGGGCAUCCGAGGAUCGUCCACGUGCCAACUGAUAUUCGAAGACUGCGAAAUUCCCAAGGACAGCAUGCUGGGUGAGCCGGGAUUCGGUUUUAAGAUUGCGAUGCAAACAUUGGAUGCCGGACGCAUUGGCAUUGCCGGCCAGGCCCUGGGAAUUGGACAGGCUGCCCUGGAGUUGGCCGUGGACUACGCCCAGAAGCGUCAGGCCUUUGGCAAACCCAUCUCCAAGCUGCAGUCCAUCCAGCAGAAGAUUGCUGACAUGUCUCUGGCCAUGGAAUCGGCGCGACUCUUAACCUGGCGUGCCGCCUGGCUGAAGGACAACAAGCUGGCCUACACUAAGGAGGCGGCCAUGGCCAAAUUGGCAGCCUCCGAGGCUGCGACCCUGUGCUCCCACCAAUGCAUUCAGAUCCUUGGAGGCAUGGGAUAUGUCUCUGAUAUGCCAGCGGAACGGCAUUAUCGCGAUGCUCGCAUCACGGAGAUCUAUGAGGGCACCUCUGAGAUUCAGCGCCUGGUUAUUGCGGGCUCCAUUCUCAAGGAGUACGCCAGUUAAGUGAAACGAGAUCGUUUUUUAAUCAAUUCAAAUGUUUUUAAAUGUGAAAUUUUAUAUAAAUCA